GGAAGCCCAGGUUUCUCUGACAGUGGCCCCCCAUGUAGUAACGUAGUAAUCAUCCUCGUGGUUUUCGUGUUUAUAUAUGGUGUAGUGGGGAAAGAACACACACUUCCGGCCGUUUCUCUGAAACUUCCUGAACGUUUCCGGCUCCUCACAGUUGUGAAAAAACACCUUGUCUAAAGAAACGCAAUUAUAUUUAAGAUAAUUCCUCAGUCUUUCCCCUUAAGUGGGAUGUCUUCUUAUAUUCACAAUGCAGAGUGGAACAGGAGUUUACUACCAGGCAAUGCCUGCAGUGGGACCUGAUGGGAAAAAUGUGAUGAAGUUAAUUCCAGUGAAACAAGUGAAUGGCCACUUUGUUCACACCCAGGUUCCUCUUUCGAGAAAUGUCUGCAUACCUGCUCACACCUCUUCUGUGCCUUUACCCCAGAACAGAAUCCCAACCCUUCAGCCAACAGCAGAUGGACGGUUCAUCUUGAAAACCCCGCUAGAAGUGAAUACUGUAUUUAAUUCAGUGAAAGGUCCACACGUCAUGGGAUCAUCUAAUGCCUUAUUACAGCCCUCUGCCAAUCAAGUACAUGUUCCACUUAUCACCCAAACAUCAUUAUCAGCCGUUCAACCCAUCAACAAGGCUGUAAUCAUUCCCGACGGUUUGCCGAACACUGUGAAAAUCCCUGCACUGCCAAGUGGACAUUACCUUCAGAUUCCAUCUAAUGCCACCGUAAGAACCCUCCCUGCCUCUGCUCUCCCAACAUCUAUCAAAAACAGAAUCUGUCACUCUACAAAUGAACCUAAUCCGGUCAAGGGAUUACCAAUGGUUUUGUACGUGUCUCCAGUCAGUUCUUUGAAAUUAGACCAGCAAUCUCCGUGUCCCACAAACCCCAGUGAGAUUCCCAAGACUUUGAGUCCUGCAGCUACUGUGAAUGUUGUGAAAAGUUCUGGGGAAUUAUCUAGGAACGAUCAAGGAGGCACCGCUCCAAUGAAAUGGGUGGUUGAAGAGCGGGCAGGAAGCAGUGGUCAGUACCUCAUACCUGUGACCUCGCCCAACAUGUCCUCAGACAUCUUAAAAGCAGUCCAGCAAAUGGAAUCAUCGAGGCCUGCAAACCAAGUCGGCAAAGAAAGCGUGCCUGCCGACAUCAGCAAAGAAACGGUUACACCAGGGAAUGACAAUGCCCUUGUGAUGUGCAACGGUAAAGUGUAUUUUGUGGCUAAAAGAAAUUCCGAAGUCACCAAGGAUAUGAUCACUAAUACAGAAAGCGUUCCGCAGCCCAAAAAGUCUGCCCAGACCCCUACCGCUGCGUUAAGUACAGCCAGUUCAAACGUGACUCAAAAGCAAGAUCCGAAAGGCCUGGCAGACGAUAAAAAGCCAAGCGACGUCAUUGACUUGUGCGAUGACGACGACGAGGGUUCCGCUUGCAUGGCAUAUGCGAGCAUAAUUCAACCAAGCGAUAUAGUAAAUGAGCACGACGAAGACUCAAAUGUGAUCUUUGUGUCAUACAUUCCGCCAAAGUCAUCAGAGACGGAGACCAGCAAGGAAGUCACAGAGACGAUAACCCCGACCGAUUGUGUGAAAGAUACAGACAAAUCAACAUCAGACACAGAAACAACGAAGACACAAGACGAAGUGAACAGUACAUGUAGUGCUGAAUUGGAUACGAAUCAAUGUGAAGCCAUGCAUGUGAAUGAACCGGCUCUUGAAGAAAAUGAAGCACCGGCAGAACAAUUAGAAGUGGUUUGUGGUCAACAAACUGAUGUUACUGAAAAGUCUUUCGAAGAAAUGGUCCCAGACACAAUCCCUCCGCCUAAAAGCGAUUCUGAACUGAGACGGACUUUUGGGAUUACGUGCGAUUUGAGCGUUUCUUUACAAAAGAUCGAGGCAUGGAAGACAAGGGUGCCCAAAUCGGUGAAAAGCAGCAAAAGGAAACGGAUCGAGAGGACUAGAGGGAAAAAAGGCUCGGGUCCCGUUUCAUUGAAUGCACAUUCAUCACCUCCGUCUACCGGUUCCAUAGAAUGUGAUGAUGCAACUCAAAGUGGAUCAGCUGAACAGAGUACAGACACACAGAUCCUUCAGGACUGUGAAGGUGCAGAGAACGAAAUCACAUCCACCAGUGGUGCUGAUAAAGUGCCAGACAUAACCACAGACGUCCCCUGUUCCUCUGCUUCGUCUGAGCCUGUACAAAUUCAUGCCACCAAAAGUGAAAGUAACAGUCCAGCUUGUUGUUCACAGUUACGGAAAACCCCGCCUCGUUCGAGCAAGGGGUGUGGGAGGGUGUGCACGGCGUGUCCUUGUGGCACUACGGUAGGCAGAGUGGCUGCAAAUUCGCCGUCUAAACCACAAGAGACGCCCAGUCCUUGUUCUAAAAGUGAAUCGAACAGAGAUGUGACUACGGCUGACAGAUUGGCAGAUUCGGAUGCAAGCUUAACGAACAACAGCAGCAGCAGCGAAUUGGGAAAGUCAGCCAAUUCCGGCAGCCAAUCAGAAGUGAAUAAGGAUGUUAAAGGUACUUUAAUCAUUAAAGGGACAAAUCAACCUGCGGGUCAACCAGCAACGAUAGGAACAUGCAGCAGUUCAAGGUACACAAAAGACAAGACUUGUGAUAAGUCUACAGGCAGCCAGGUAGAAACAUGUCCUCAAAUGCCACCCAAAGAGCUGAAGUCAGUUCCAUCCUCCGAUCGCCAGUUAUACUAUACAACUUACAAAAUCCCUAAAGAACUAUACUCCCCUGUAGUGCUGGACCCCGAGGAGAUAAAACGUCAGGAGAGAAUCAAACGUCUCAAAGAUCUUCUGCAGGAGAAGGAGGCUGCACUCGAGAAGCUAAGAAAGAGCAUGUGAGGGCAACAUUGAUUUUAAUUCACUUUCAGAAGCCAGAUAUCAGUCAAGAUGUCAUUAUAUGUGAAGCACAAGUCAGGGAAAUGGCAGCAUCUGGAUAUGCAUACUUAUUUGAUGAUGUACUUCAACAUCAGUACAUUUAUUUAAAAAAAAAAAAAUUAUAUAUAUAUAUAUAUAUAUAUAUAUAUAUAUAUAUAUAUAUAUAUAUAUAUAUAUAUAUAUAUAUAUAUAUAUAUGUAUAAUAUAUAUAAUAUAUAUAUGUAUUUACCAUCUUCUGUAUGUUUUCUAAAAUUCUAAAUGCGUCAUGCUCAUGAGUCUUGUCAUACAACAGCAUAUGAGAUGGCUAGGAGAUGAAUGCAACUCCAUUGCAUUUAUAAAUUAUUGAACGUUUCAGAAGACCUGUAGAGCUUUGCAAUCUAGACACUUUAUGUACACAUUUCUGGAGGCUUGUACACACGUUCUCACUUUAUUACAGUCUGCAUGUUGUACACAUGUCAGUUUUACUCGUUAGCAGCAUAGCUCAUUUUAAAAAUGAAUUUAAUGCAGAGUAGUAAGGCGUUGACUUUGUUCAGUUCGUUUUGCACAUACAAUAAGUGUUUUGGGAUUGUCCUACAGCUUCAUUACACCUUUCUUAAAAGCUCAUUUAAUAAAGUUCUUGUGGUUUUUA